UCCCGCGCGACUCCCAGCGCAGACCAUGGCGGCGCAGAGUGGUGUCCGUUGGCUGACCCGGGCGCUGCUCGCCGCCCCGAACUCUGGGGCAUGGAGAGGUCUGGGUACCUCGGCCGGAGCUCAUGCCGCCUCGCGCAGCCAGGCAGAGGACAUGAGGGUGGAGGGUGCCUUUCCUGUGACCAUGCUGCCGGGUGACGGUGUGGGGCCUGAGCUGAUGCAUGCUGUCAAGGAGGUGUUCAAGGCUGCCGCUGUCCCUGUGGAGUUCAAGGAGCACCACCUGAGCGAGGUGCAGAAUAUGGCAUCUGAGGAGAAGCUGGAGCAGGUGCUGAGUUCCAUGAAAGAAAACAAGGUGGCCAUCAUUGGAAAGAUCCACACCCCAAUGGAGUAUAAGGGGGAACUCGCUUCCUACGAUAUGCGGCUGAGGCGUAAGCUGGACUUAUUUGCGAACGUAGUCCAUGUGAAGUCACUUCCUGGGUACAUGACUCGGCACAACAAUCUGGACCUGGUGAUUAUUCGCGAGCAGACUGAAGGGGAGUACAGCUCUCUGGAACAUGAGAGUGUGAGGGGUGUGAUUGAGUGCUUGAAGAUUGUCACUCGAGCCAAGUCUCAGCGGAUUGCAAAGUUCGCCUUUGACUACGCCACCAAGAAGGGGCGGAAUAAGGUCACUGCUGUCCACAAGGCCAACAUCAUGAAACUUGGGGAUGGAUUGUUCCUGCAGUGCUGUGAGGAGGUUGCUGAGCUAUACCCCAAAAUCAAGUUUGAGACAAUGAUCAUAGACAACUGCUGCAUGCAGCUGGUGCAGAAUCCUUACCAGUUUGAUGUACUUGUGAUGCCCAAUCUCUAUGGGAAUAUUAUUGAUAAUCUGGCUGCUGGCCUGGUUGGGGGAGCUGGUGUGGUCCCCGGUGAGAGCUACAGUGCAGAGUACGCAGUCUUUGAGAUGGGUGCCCGGCACCCAUUUGCCCAGGCAGUUGGCAGGAAUAUAGCCAACCCCACGGCCAUGCUGCUGUCAGCUUCCAACAUGCUCCGGCAUCUCAAUCUUGAGUAUCACUCCAACAUGAUUGCAGAUGCAGUCAAGAAGGUGAUCAAAGUUGGCAAGGUGCGGACUCGAGACAUGGGCGGCUACAGCACCACAACCGACUUCAUCAAGUCUGUCAUCGGCCACCUGCACCCCCAUGGGGGCUAAAGCCCUUUAUUCCUUCCAACCUCACAAGGACCAUACUCCCUAUACAUCCCUUCAGUACAGUGGACCAGGGAAGACAACAUGAACCUCUAGACAGUGGACCAUAACCUCCUUUCUGGGCAGGGCCUAGGUUGUCCUGGGGCUGGCUUCCUGAGGGAACUGUUGGGUGGUGGUGUUGUUAGGGAUGGGGCCCUGGCCCCACGGAUGAUGAUAGUUCUCCCCCACAGGUUCGAACCUCUGACAUGGGUGGCUAUGCCACUUGCCACGACUUCACUGAGGCUGUCAUGGCUGCCCUGUCCCACCCAUAGGUCCUGCCCACACCCAAGUACGGUGUUCAAUAAAACAUG